AUGAAUAGAAAUUUUGAAUUUGAGUAUAAGAUCCAGAUCGAGAAAAAUAAGUUCGAAUCUUCUAUCAGUGAGUUGAAAAAGAAGAGUUUUGUAACCGCAGCGGAUAUUCAGAAUUUUGGAGAAAGCGGAUUGACCGAAGAAUGUCGUCGGGCCCACAGGCGCUCCUUGGACGACCCCGAGGGUUUUUGGGGAGAAGUGGGGAAGGAACUGGAAUGGACCAAACCGUGGAACCGCGUGCUGGAUAACACCAGCCCACCGUUUACCAAAUGGUGGGUGGGAGGCGAGUUAUCAGUGUGUCACAACGCGAUCGACCGCCACGUGGUGGCUGGCAAAGGAGAUCAGGUCGCGUUGGUUCAUGACUCUCCUCUCACUGACACUGUGAGGAAGAUCACAUAUGCCGAGCUGAAGUGUCAGGUAUCUAGGAUAGCUGGCAAGCUGUCUGCCCUGGGCGUGACCCGUGGCUCCAGGGUACUGAUCUACAUGCCCUUGAUCCCUGAAGCCAUCAUUGCGAUGCUCGCCACCAACAGACUUGGAGCAAUACACUCCGUCGUUUUUGGAGGAUUUGCUGCUCGUGAACUGAGAACCAGGAUAGAGCACGCGGAACCAACUGUCAUCGUAGCAGCUAGUUGUGGAGUAGAGCCAAACAAAAUUGUUAGGUAUAAGGAUAUCUUGGAUGAAGCCCUUUGUCAGAGCUCUCACCAACCCCAAUGCUGUAUAAUAUACCAAAGGCGCAGAGUUCUUGAGUGUACUCUAGAAGAAGGGAGGGACAUCUCUUGGGAAGAUGCAUUGGAGGCUGAUCCUGUACCAUGUGUGUCAGUGGAGGCCAAUGAACCUUUGUAUAUUCUGUACACUUCUGGGACAACAGAUGCUCCUAAAGGUAUACAAAGACCAUGUGGCCAUGCAGCCACCCUCUGUUGGUCAAUGCAUGCAGUGUAUGGCUUGAGGAAAGGUGUUUGGUGGUCCGCCUCCGACCUUGGUUGGGUAGUUGGACAUUCAUAUAUCUGCUAUGGACCACUUCUUGCUGGCCUGACUUCUAUUCUCUAUGAGGGCAAGCCUGACAGGACUCCGGAUCCAGGACAGUAUUUUAGGAUCAUCGAACAACAUAGAGUCAAUGCGUUAUUCACCAUACCCACGGCAUUCCGUGUUCUGAAAAGGGCAGAUCCAUCAGCUAAAUAUGCCAGAAGAUAUUGCGGAAAGUCUUUAAAAACGGUAUUUAUUGCAGGAGAGCAUUGCGAUCAAGAUACGAGACAAUGGGCGGAACGUAUAUUCGGAGUACCAGUUUUGAACCACUGGUGGCAGACGGAGACAGGGUCAGCGAUAACCGCAGCGUGCCUUGGUUACGGCGUGAAAUCUGUACCGCCACAUUCAGCAGGUUACCCUGUGCCGGGAUAUGAUAUGCGAACUUUGAGAGAAGACGGAACCGAAUGUCAACCAGGAGAAGUUGGAAGACUGGUCGCAAAAUUGCCAUUACCACCAGGAUUUGCCUCGACAUUGUGGCAAGCUGAUGAAAGAUUCAAAAAGACCUAUUUCGAAUCUUACCCGGGUUAUUACGACACUCAAGAUGCUGGUUGGAUAAGCAUCGAAGGCGCCGUGUGGGUGGUGGCUCGAGCUGAUGACGUCAUCAACGUGGCCGGACAUCGUCUUUCCACCGCAGCCCUAGAAGACGUUGUACUGAAGCACGCUAGAGUAGCCGAUGCUGUAGUCGUGGGCGCACCUGAUCCCACAAAAGGAGAUGUACCUCUAUGUCUGUACGUGAUGAGACCACCACAGGACGAUGAAGAAAUAGUAGCCGAGAGUACUGUGACUCAAGAGUUGAUAUCCCUCGUCCGUCACCUGAUUGGACCAAUCGCAUCGUUCCGAAAAGCAGUAGCCGUGCCGGCACUUCCUCGAACCCGUUCGGGCAAAGCUCUACGCGGGACCAUAGCCAAACUAGCACGCUCUCAACUUGUCAAGUUACCAGCGACAAUCGAAGAUCCUACUGUUUUCGGCGAAAUAAAAUUAGCGUUGCAAAAAUGUGGUUAUGCUGUUGAUGCACCUGAUCCUGAAUUCUAAUGAUUGUUAAGUCCUAUUGUUUAUUUAGGUGGUCAAAACAUAAAAAUUACAAAAAGAUUGUGUAGAUUUAUCACAAAAAAACUGUGGUUCUCUUUGAUUCACGGGUAGUAAAGAAAAUUACUAUUAUAAAAUAGAGUUAAGUAAUUUAAUUACUGGAUAUUUAUAAACAGUUAAGGGUUAAGACUCUUAGUUGAAAUAUUUUAUAUGGAAGAUUGAAAACGAAACUUUAUCACAUAUCGUUUCACUAUAAACCACAAAAACUUGUAAGGCAAAUGGUAACCACUAAUAAAUUAAUUAAAAUUCGAAUUUCUUCACGGGGUAGAGAGAGCCAUCAGUCUUGAAAAGAUUGAAGGCGGCUCUCAGCUGGAUUGUGAUUCAGAUAGUGAUAGCAUGAAAACUUUUAAUAAGUAGAUGAAUGUGCCAAUUCCUUUAGUCGCCUUUUACGACGUUCAGGGGAAAGAUGUAAUGGUCCUUUUUAAGUUGCUGGGACCACAUGGCACAUGCAACCGAUUUAUUUUAUCUUUAGGCAUUGAUUUGUUUUAUUGAACCGAUAUCUAUUUAAUUAAGUUUACUUUAAAUUUAUAUAACUAAAUAAAUUUAACAAAAACAUGAGUGUAAUGUGUGUAAUGUUUGAUGAAAAUAUACAUAAGGGUAUUGGGUUAUCAUGUAAAUAGAUUCUAAAUGUUUUGGAAACUAUACAGAUGCUUUUAUUUACAAAAUGUAUAAGAGUUUAAUGUAAGUAAUAUUUAAUAAUAAAAAAACUAGUAAUUAAAACCGUUUA